AAGUGAGGUCAGUUCCAGCUCCAGUGUGUUCUGGGAAUGAAAAUAGUGGUGAACUCGGUGAGGAAACUUCGAGUCAGAGUCUGAGAUCAGAUGGAGACGGUCGGCCCAAAUAACCCGAACCCCGCGGUCAAGGAAGCACAGAACAUACAAGAAAGUUCCGGAAUUUAUGAAGCUGGUCAGGAGGCAGCCUUGACAAAUGAGGAUCAUUCGGAAGAUGAGGAGGUGAAAGAGGCCAGAGUAAGAGAGACUCCCGAAGACAUCACCUUCGAUGCAAUUGUAAAUACGAUAGCUUUUCACCCAACGCGGGAUGUCAUCGCAGCUGGAGAUGUGGAUGGAGAUGUAUAUGUUGUCUCAUAUUCGUGUGAGGAAUCUGGAAACCAGGAACUGUGGUCAUCAGGCCAUCACUUAAAAUCCUGCCGACAACUGGCAUUCACUCCAAAUGGGCAGGAACUUUUCACUGUUUCCAAAGACAAAUCGAUUCACAUUCUCAAUGUUGAAAGAGGCAAAUUGGUAACAAAGAUUCCAAAAGCUCACAGUGCUGCAAUUAAUAGCUUGAAGCUGAUUGAUGAAAAUCUCUUUGCCACUGGUGAUGAUGAUGGUCUAUUGAAAGUAUGGGAUCUGCGUAAGGAAACCUCGUUCAUGGAGAUGAAAAAUCAUGACGACUACAUCAGUGAUAUCACGAUCGACCAGAAUAAGAAGAUCCUGCUCACAACCAGUGGUGAUGGUACGAUGUGUGUUUUUAACAUUAAGAGGCGUCGUUUUGACCUGCAGUCAGAGUUUCAGGAUGGUGAUCUCACAUCACUGGCUAUAAUGAAGCGAGGCAGUAAGGUUGUCUGCAGUUCAACUGAGGGAAUGAUCUACCUCUUCAACUGGGAUGGGUUUGGAGCCACCAGUGAUCGAUUCUUAGUGCCGGGCGAAUCCAUUGACUGUAUUGUGCCCAUCACCGAUAACAUUCUGUGUACUGCGUCUAUGGAUGGUGUCAUCAGGGCUGUGAAUAUUUUUCCUAAUCGAGUGAUUGGGAGUGUGGGGCAGCACAUCAGAGAGCCCAUUGAACAGAUAGCCAAGUCCAGCGAGGGUCGAUUCCUGGCCAGCUGUGCUCAUGACCAGAAGGUGAAAUUUUGGGAUAUUUCUGAUCUCCGUGGGGUUGUCAUCGAUGACUACAGGAGACGGAAGAAACAUGGGAAGUUGAAGUCAUUGAGCAGGAAGGCUUUUGGUUGUGGGAGUGACUUCUUUGCUGAUCUUGCGGAAGGAAGUGAAGAGGAAGAGGGUGAGGAGCAUGACAGUGAGAGUGAAUGAGACCAGGACUCACAGGCAGAUGAGGACUUUCUACACCCUCUACUCCCUGCUCAGCAGUCAGCAGUCACCCGUGAGAAACAACAGACUUAUCUUGCCUUCAGCCUGUACAGAGUCUGCCUGACCCUGGCAUCACCUCAACACCUUCAAAAAGCAACUUUCCUUAAUUUAUAUUUUUGUAUUUUUUACAUUUUUGGUCUGCAGCCUGGGGGGCGGGGGGAAAGUCUCAGUGCCAGACCGAUCUGAUAAAUUAGGGGGUGCAUCCCUGUGCCCCCAACCCCCUUCCACCAGCCUGUCCCUGCUCUGUUAUUGAUCCACAGCGGCCUACCGUUCAUCUUCCGUUCUGUUGAGUCAUACGAACUCGAAACGUUAACUGUGUUCCUCUCCACAGAUGGUGCCAGACCUGCUGAGUUUUUCCAGGUAUUUUUAUUUUUGUUUUGGAUUUCCAGCAUCCACAGUUUUUUGCUUUUAUCUUACCGUUCAUUUUCCUUCGUCCCUAGUUUACAAAGUUGGAGAGUGAGCUCUGACUGCCCACCAGCCAGUACAUUACUGGUCAGGGCUCUUGCUCCGCUCUGGGCUCCCGCUCGGGGCUUCCGCUCCAGUCCAGUCCGCUCCACUCCUGAUUCCCGCUCCGAUCCGCUCAGCUCCACUGCAGGGUCGGAGUAAUUACUGACUCCAGAUAGUCAUCAGAACCCUUCAGAUGAACGACCUCUGUUUUUAUCACUCACUGCAGUCUGAUUAAAAGAUUUUAUAAAUACAGAGUCUAUUCACAUUAAGAGACCAAAGAAAGAGCUCAUAUUUAUGGAGUAUCUUAACACAUCCCAAAUAAAUAACUUGUUGAAAUGUUGUAAUGCA